AUGGAAUGCGAGGAGGCGCAAGUAGUUGCUCCGGAAGGAGAACGAAACGCCACGAGCUCAAGCUCGGAUAACAAGUCCUCUCCUUCUUCUUCGGAAGAUGAGGAGGGAUUUGCCUCGCCGCGGCCCAAUAAACGACCCAAGCCAGAUGCUAAGAGAGACUUUCAAGACCUAGUAACAGCUGCAAAACUUAAGACUAGAGUGGGAGGAGAUUACAAAGCUGUAACUUUAUCUAGAAUGAUAGCAUGUUUCCCUGAGAUAGUCUGUGAAAUUUUAAAUUAUCAUCAUGACUUACCAAUGGCUGUAGACCAUUCUCACCUCUUACUGAUCCAUAAGGAAUAUCCAUCAGUAGCCAGACAUCAGAUCAAUCAGAAAAACCCAGAAUGGAAGAAAAAGACUAAGCAGAAUAAAGCAAUAGAAUCGAGCACUUAUCUCAACAACUCUUAUAAUUCAAAAGUCCUCAAUGAGAGUAAAAGAGUUGAGUUGAGCACAAAAUAUGGGUUAAUUAAACAAGAUGAUCUAACCUCACAAUGGGAAGCUGUUUCUGUUGCUGCUAAAAGAUGAGUGUUCUCUGGUAUGCUGGAGAACCUGCCAGAGGGCCAAGCGUUAGAAAGGCCAAUCCGACCUAAAAGGAUGAGGGUUCUACCCGCGACGGUGACCAUAAACCCAUGUUCAGAAACUUUGUGGUCGUCCUUGGAGAUGAUCACCCCAUCAACCUCUCGCGGACAAAAUCCGGUGCCAAUGCCUGCUGCACCCCUUUCUCAGCAUAAUAUUCCUGCACCGAGGCCCUCAGUGUCCCAUAUGGACGUCUCUAAGACGGUGCCAUCAACUGCCCCGAGUCCAGGCGUUGGCGAUGCUGGCGAAAAAAGGCAUCGACAUCUAAUCCCUUCUUCUCGUUCCGGAUCCCUCCGUGAUGAUAUGAUAACAUCUAUACUUAAUUAUGGCAGCGAAGAAGAAUCAGAAGAAGAGGAAGAAGAGAUUAACCACUCGAUAUUGGUGCCCCGGGCGUUAAAGAGGUAUAUGGACGAAGAAGAUGAAGAUGAAGUUGAAGAAGGGAAAGGAAUAUUAGUAGAACAUGCGAAGGAAACUGCCAGAAAACAACUUUUCUUUGAUGAGCUAUUUGACUCUGUCAAUGGAAGCUUCCGUAAUUUCAAGAAAAAACCAGGCAAGAAGUUGCUUGGUCCUCUUACACCUAAUUCCACUCACCAGAAGGUUUGA